AGGGUUAUGUCCACAAACGUCAACAUAAUUUCGGUUUUGUUUGUCAUCCUGCGAUUCAUUGCCGUUUAAAAAAAAAACUUUUAAAAACCUAAUAAGUGUGCAAUUAAAACUCGAAAUGUCUUCAAUGGUACAACCAAGUUAUCCUGACUACGAAACUGCUCCCAUACAACAACACUUUAACCCCUACGCGGACAAUGGAGGGAGCGUCGUAGCGAUUGCAGGCGAGGAUUUCGUUGUAAUCGGAGCGGACACGCGUCUCAGCGCCGGUUUUUCCAUUUACACCAGAGACCAGAAGAAAUUGUUUCCGCUUAGUGAAACCACAGUCCUGGGAUGUUCCGGUUGCUGGUGUGACACCCUUACCCUAACAAGAAUUUUAAAGUCCAGAAUGCAAAUGUACCAGCAGGAACAUAAUAAGACCAUGUCGACUACCGCAUGUGCCCAAAUGCUCUCCACCAUGCUGUACUAUAAGCGAUUCUUCCCAUAUUACAUUUCCAAUGUGUUGGUCGGCUUGGAUAAUGAGGGCAAGGGUUGUGUGUACAGCUAUGAUCCCAUUGGGCAUUGUGAAAAAAGGACCUUUAGGGCGGGCGGAUCUGCUGGGGCCUUGCUGCAGCCCCUUUUGGAUAACCAGAUUGGCCAGAAAAAUAUGUUAAAUGUGAAAGAGGAACCAGUGUCUUUGGAUAAGGCCUUGUCUAUAUUGAAAGAUGUAUUUAUCUCAGCUGCUGAAAGAGAUAUUUAUACUGGUGAUAGUAUUCUAAUUAAUAUUAUUACCAAGGAUGGGAUUAAAGAGGAGACCUUUGCUUUAAGGAAGGAUUAGUUUUUAUUCAGUUUAUUUUGUACUUUAAAGAGUUAUUCAUCAAUUAUAAUAAAAUGCUUCUCAAAACAA